AUGGAAGAGGGAAAUCACUCGGUGGUGACUGAGUUCAUUCUCUCAGGACUGACAGAUCGUCCGGAGCUCCAAGUCCCCAUGUUUUUGCUGUUCCUACUGAUUUAUGUUACCACUCUGAUCUGUAAUGGUGGCAUGAUCUUGUUAAUCACAAUUGACCCACAACUUCACACCCCCAUGUACUUUUUCCUCAGGACUUUGUCUUUUUGUGAUUUUUGCUGUUCCACAGUAAUAGCCCCUAAGAUGCUGCAGACUUUCUUGGCGGAGAGGAAAAGCAUUCCAUACAUUGCCUGUGCUGUGCAAAUGUAUUGCUUUCUUGUUUGUAUAGAUAUUGAGUGUCUCUUGCUGGCUGUGAUGGCGUAUGACCGUUAUGUGGCCAUCUGUAACCCACUGUUCUAUACAGUCACUAUGUCCAAGCACCGCUGUAACCUGCUGGUGGGUGGGGUGUGUUCUGUGGGGUUGGUGGAUGCGCUGAUACUCACCUGUUGUACAUUUCGGUUGUCAUUCUGCCAUUCCAAUAUCAUCAGGCAUUUCUUCUGUGGCAUCGCCCCAUUGUUGCCACUCUCCUGCUCUGACACCCACAUCAAUGAGAUUGUGAUGUUUGCUUCUACGUGUUACACUGUAGUGAUCACCAGUGUGAUUAUCCUGCUCUCCUAUGUCUGCAUCAUCUCCGCCAUCCUGCGGAUCCACUCUGCCGAGGGCCGGCGCAAAGCCUUCUCCACCUGCUCGUCUCACUUGACCGCAGUGGGCGUGUUUCAUGGCACUCUCAUUUUUAUGACUCUCCGACCGACCUCCAGCUAUUCCAUGGACACAGACAAAAUAGCCUCAUUGUUCUACACGCUGAUGAUCCCCAUGCUGAACCCCCUCAUCUACAGCCUGAGGAACCGGGAGGUGAAGGACGCUGUGAGGAAGGUAGUUAAUAAACACCUGAGGAAUUCAUGA